CUUCAACUUUUUAGAACAUCCAUUACACAAUUUACAAAGCUGAAUUUACUCGCUUAGGCAACUACCCACACGUCACGGCUCUCCUAUUACCCACCAUCCCUUCCCUUUCUCUGUAGAGAGGCAAAUCUGCGAAGGCAAAUCGGCGACCAUUUUCAGUGCUGUGACUCGGUCUAGCCUCGCCCUCACAUGGAUUCCACUCCGUCCUUUGAUUGACUCAGCCGCCGACCUAAUUUUCCACCCUUUUUUCCAAGAAAACCACCUUCUGCCCCACCCCCACCACUUUAUUGAACCCAAACUGUAUUAAGAGCCCCCACUAAUCCUAACCAACUACCGCCCUUCUAUUUCCCCUCAAAGAUUCACUGUUUAUCUACAAAAUCAAUAUUCUUUUCCCCUUAUAAGACUUCUACGCCAUUAAAGUUGGCACCUUUAUCUGUUCAUUUCAGUGGGUAAGGCCGCCCUAUCCUAAUCACGAUCGAGACUCUGGGUCUCAAGAGGAAGAUAUAUGGGUGGGUUGUUGUUUGUAGAGAUCCCGGAUGAUGGUGGUAUGGCUAAGAAACUGUGGAUGAAGUUCCAGGAUGAAACAGUAUUUGCUAUGUAUACUCCAUUUGUGGUGGGUUUGGCUUCUGCCAGUUUGGACUCUUCCACCUUUCUUCACUGCAUCUCUCAAGAUGUCUACUUUCUUCAGGCUUUCUCCAAGGCGUAUGAACUUGCAGAGGCAUAUGCUGAUGACGAUGAAGACAAGGAAGCUAUCAGCAUGUUGAGAAAGCGCGUCCUGAAGAGGCUCAGCGAUCAGCGUAAUCUUGUUCGUGACUGGGGCUUUGAGCUUCCAAAAGACAGCACUUGUGACAGUGCAACAGUAAAAUACACAGACUUUUUAAUGGCAACAGCCUUGGGAAAAGUUGAAGGAGAAAAGUUUCCUGGCAAAAUUGUGACUCCUUUUGAGAAGACAAAACUUGCUGCCUAUACUUUAAGUGCCAUUGCUCCUUGUAUGAGGCUAUACAGCUAUGUUAGUAAGGGGAUUAAGGCCAUUCUUGAACCUCAAGAGAAAACUAACCCAUACGAGAAGUGGAUUGACAGUCUAUCCUCUGAUAUAUUUGAGGAAACAGCUUCAACAAUUGAAGACUUGCUAGAUAAACUAAGCAUAUCUUUGACUGGUGGGGAGCUUGAAAUUGUGGAAAAGCUAUACCAUCAAUCUUUGAAACUUGAAUUAGAAUUCAUAUCAGUUCAACCAAUUAUUCAGUCAUCAUCAAUUGUCCCGGUUGUUUCUCAAGUGCCUGUCGAAUCACAUCUUAAAGUGUUCUGUGAUUUUGACAUGACAUGUUCUGCUAUUGAUUCAUCUCCCCUUUUAGCCGAGAUGGCAAUCUUGGCUUCAAGAAAAGCGUAUCUGAAUGAAUCUGAAACUCAACCUUCUCAAGCUACAGCAUCUGAUCUUUCUGCCACUUGGGGCAGUCUGUCCUGCAAGUACAUUGAGGAGUUUGAGCAAUGCAUUAAAAGAAUUAUACCCACUGAAUCAGUGGAGAAUUUUGAUUACAAUGGCCUUUGUAAAGCACUUAAAAACCUAGAUGAUUUUGAGAAAAGUGCGAACCAGUUGGUGGUUGAUUCUGGUGUAUUGAAAGGGCUGUGUGAAAAUGAUAUAAGACGGGCUGGAGAGCACUUGAUAUUUCAAAGAGGUUGCAAAUUCUUCUUCCAGGAAAUCAUGAGAAGUGAGAACCUUGCUGUGGAUGUUCAUGUUAUAUCCUACUGCUGGUCCGAGGAUCUCAUCAGGUCUGCCUUCUUUUCAGCAGGGAAACCAGGUUCUCUGAGUGUGCAUUCAAACGAGUUGGUUUAUGAAGGAUCUAUUACCACCGGCGAAAUAAUUCAGAAGGUAGAAUCCCCCACGGACAAGCUUAGCGCCUUCAAUGGCAUCUUGAACAGCCACGAGAGCAAGAGCAAACCACUAACAGUAUACAUAGGAGGUUCUGUAGGUGACUUGCUAUGCCUUCUGAAUGCAGAUAUUGGGAUUGUGAUAGGUAUGACUGACAGAUUAAGGACGUUAGGUGAGCGGUUUGGGGUUACUUUUAUCCCUUUCUUCUCUGGAUUGGUCAAGAAACAUAGAGAAGUGCCGGGAAGUAGCUCCUUUAACUGGAAUUCGAUGUCGGGGAUUCUCUAUACAGUCUCCAGUUGGGCUGAGGUACAUGCCGCCAUUUUGGGGAUGGCGAUUCUACCCCCGCCCAUAUGAGGGUGGCAUAUGUUAUACAUCACAAAAUUAAAAACAUUGAAGAAUAUACACAGUUUAUAAUGUCUAACACCAGCAGGUGGCUUAUAUAUUUUCACUACACCUGUGUGAGCUCUAGAAUCUCCACUUUUAUAUUGGUCCUGUGUUAAUUGAUCUCAAGUAUAGCCUAUAUGGCUAUAUGUAUAUUCUGUCUGGCUACCGGUCUGUGCCUGUAAAGUUUGAUCAGGUAUUCCGGAGGCUUUGGAGCGAGGAAUAGUUCCAAGGUUAUGGGGUUGCUUCUUACAAAUAUUACUUGAAUAUGAGGUGGUUUUAUUAUCUCAUUUCAUGUUGUAAUUACAAAAGCGUGAUGUAAAUGUGUUUGUUAUAAGUUUAUUGAUAAAUGUAGCUUUAAGUGUUCAAAAUGGUCCUUGAACAUGUGAGAUAGUUGUGGACAUGUGGUGAAACAUGUAUUAUUAAAGAUAAUGUAUUAUUAAAGCUAAGAUAUAAUUAUGACUCAAGUCUGUAAUAUUUCAAUUCAUCUAUGUGAAAAUUUAAUUGAAUCACUCAUUUUCUAA